GCUUGCUAACCGAAAUCCAGUGUAAAUCGAAACGCCUGAGAAAAAACGUGAAGCCGCCUUCUGAUCGGUCAGCCAGCGAAGAUAGUGAAGGGCCUGAUCUGAGACAGGUGACGUCAACAACCAAGUCAUACAGGGAGAAAAUAGAACUUACUCCAGAACAACAGAACCUUCUAUAUUAUAUUAUGGAUGCCUACAGGAAGCAGAGGAUGCCUCAAGAAGUAACUAAUAAAAUUUUAAAAGAGGAAUUCAGUGCAGAAGAGAAUUUUCUCAUCUUAACUGAAAUGGCUACCAAUCACGUGCAGAUCCUUGUGGAAUUCACAAAAAAACUACCAGGAUUCCAAACUUUAGACCACGAAGAUCAGAUUGCUUUGCUGAAGGGGUCUGCAGUUGAAGCCAUGUUCCUCCGUUCAGCAGAGAUUUUCAGUAAGAAACUUCUCAUGGGACACACUGACAUGUUAGAAGAGAGAAUUCGCAAGAGUGGUAUAUCAGAUGACUAUAUAACUCCUAUGUUUAAUUUUUAUAAAAGCAUUGGAGAGUUGAAAAUGACCCAAGAAGAAUAUGCUUUGCUAACAGCAAUUAUCAUACUGUCACCAGACAGACAAUACAUAAAGGACAGGGACUCUGUGGAGAAACUUCAGGAACCAUUGUUGGAUGUCCUACAAAAACUGUGCAAGAUUCACCAGCCUGAAAACCCCCAGCACUUUGCCUGCCUUCUGGGACGCCUCACUGAGCUAAGAACGUUUAAUCAUCAACAUGCUGAGAUGCUGAUGUCCUGGAGAGUGAAUGAUCAUAAGUUUACUCCACUCCUCUGUGAAAUCUGGGAUGUUCAGUGCUAAACUUCAGGGCGGUAGUCUGAUGGGAGGGAGGGAGUGGACCACAGGUUAUUGUCAUAGGAAUAUAAAUUAGUUUUUAUGUCUUCUUUAUUGCAUUCGUACUUAGAUUUCAUGCUGCCGUUUUGUUCAGUAUUUAUAGAGUAAUUAACCAGUCUUCACAAACAUUCACAGGAGAGGGAGAUCUCCUGGUAAAAGAGCUCUUUGGGGAUGAUGGUUCACUUAUAAGAGAGACUCACUCCUUGGGACCAGUCUGCCCAGUUUGGGAAAUUCACAUGAUUGGUGUUUCAAUUUUAUUUGUUGCAAUGGGGGAAGUGUUCAUUUUGUACCUUGACCUCCCUGUACUGCACAGAUUUUUAUUAAAGGCAUAUGUCCAAACACACUGUAAUCACCUAA